AGCCUGUUUCCCAGUGUGGUUGACCCGUUUAAGGCAGCCUCUUCAGCGCAAGAUGUGCGCUUGCCCUUGUUCAGGAAGGAGUCCACCACCUCAGACCAAUGGCCCUGAAUCUUGCCCAGCUCCUGGUUCACAAGGAGGACCUGGUGGUCGUGGAGGUGGUGCCGGUGCUGGUCCUACCCAAAAGCGAGGACCGUGUGGUCCCAAGCCUUGCGGCGGAACAAAGUGCACUAAGUGCAGUAAAGGUGGCCCUGGAGGAAGAGGGGGUCCUGUAGGAAGAGGUGGCCCUGGUGGAAGAGGUGGUCCCGGAGGCGGUGGCGGUGGCGGCGGCGGGGGUGGAGGCGGAGGACCGCUGGGUCUGAGGGCCCCACCAAACAAUCGAGGUCCCAAGGCUCUGGGACUGGCUGCUCUGCUCUUUGCCGUCGGCGUCUUCCUUACAUUGAAAAUGGGUCUUGUGGCCAGUGAAAUUGGAUGAGCGCACACAGGACGGCAUUGGGCCCGGCUAUGAUCUCCAAUGCGUAGUUGGUUCAAGAUCAUUUAAAAGGCGUUGCGUUGGGUAAAAUAAA